AUGGAAAAUGUGUACCCUCCACAAGGCUUCACAACUGUCCAUACUCUCCGAAACCACCCCGGAGCUUACACCAUCCGAAAUCGAAGAACAAAAGCAAGGGAAAAUCAAAAUGCGCGAAAUUCGGGUGCCAAGCUAACUCUCCUGGACCCGCAACAGCUCAACCCUUGGAAACGGCACCUAGAAUUUAUCGAAGGAAAAUGCGGCCAAGCAGUGACCGCGUAUUUCAGAUUUUUAAGAAAGUUGAUAUUUCUCAACGCUGGGUUGAGUUUAAUCGUUUCCGGGGGGAUAAUUCUACCGUAUAUUUGCAUGCGCCUUUCUGGUAAAAUAUCUGCCAACGAGGAGAAACCAUGUGAAUAUCCAACUGAAUACAAGGAUGAUAAGUUCGUCGACUACGUUUUGUUCCUCUUCAAUGGGCAGAUAUUCAUGGAGAAAACCUUUGUCUUUUACGGCUUUUACGAAUCGUCAUCAAUAGAUGAAAGUGGUUUAUCAGACACCUUGUACAACAACCCGGUUCUUUAUCUAGCCACAGUGUUCUUCAUCUACCUCUUUUCUUUGAUCGUCAUCAGUGUCCAAGCUGGCAGGAGCAUGGAGGCUCAAAUUGUGGGAAAGUCCGGACAAAUGUUUAAAUAUUCGAAACUGAUCUUCGGCUGGGACAUGAACAUAUCGGAUCGGGAAACUGCAGCGAUCAAGAAAAAGCUCCUGGCGAUGAAGAUCAAGAAUGAACUGAAAGAGGACAAGCUGAUCGCGGAACAGGAGAAUUGGAACUUUUUCGAAAGAAUGUAUGUUUACUUCAUUCGAGUCUUCACGACGAUUGGCAAUUUGGCCGUCUUGAUCGGCUCUAUUCUUUGUGUCGUUCUCGCCGCAACGAAAGGAAAAGAGCUAGAAUCGGAAAACAACUUCCUCAAGUUUCUCUACUCGUAUCUUGUUUCUAUCACGAUGGGUGGAACUUCUAUUAUCUGUCCAAUCUUCUUCAAGAUCCUCACGUCCUUCCAGAAGCUCAAGGCUGAAACGCGAAUGAAUCAAGUAAUUGGUUGGCGAGUCGCCUUGCGUUUUCUGUCGAUAACAGCUGUUUUUAUCACAAUUUUCUUGGAAAUCUCCAAAUGCCACGAUCGAGAAUUUCUUGAAGCUGCUCCGAUCGUCACUAAUUUAAACGAAACGACAACUGAAUCAACUCAUUCAGUGAACGAUAGGCACUUUUCCUGUACUUGUGAGAAUCCGCUGUAUACUUGUUGGCCGACAGUUCUUGGUCAGGAAUGCUAUCGACUAACAAUCGGUUGGCUUCUCGGUCAAUUAGGGUCUGUUUUCUUUCUUGCUGGAACGAGCAAAUUGCUCAAGCGCUGGUUUGGGUGGAGAAUUCCAUUCGUCUCCACUUUUGAUAUUACCGAUAAUGUUCUGAAAAUCGUAUCCUGGCAAACGAUUGCUUGGUUAGGCGUUUUCUACUGCCCGAUUCUACCAAUUUUGAUUUUCCUCAUACAAGUGCUGGUUUUUUCCGUAAAUAGAUUCGCGGUGGUGGAUAUUUACGAGCAUAAUGACGACAAUCACUAUAAAUCCUCGAACGCAGAUGUGUAUUUUACGGUACUCAUGGUUAUUGGAUUUUAUCUGGGAACCUUGAUGACCCUGUCUCCUCUGAUUCUCUUUUCGCCCAGCUCAUCUUGUGGCCCUUUCCAAGAAUAUCAAACUUUUGCCGAACCAUUUAUGAACUUCAUCGAAAGUUAUUGGCGAUUGGAAAGGCUCUGGAACUUUAUUUCUUCCAAGACUGUUUUGUAUUCGAUCAUUCUUAUCUUCACGUCUAUCUGCUUCUUUCUUUACGUCAAAUCGUGUGGACUGAACGAGAGAAUAAAAGUCCUUGAAGACCAGUUGACAAAAGAAGGCGAGGAUCAGCAAUUUCUCAUGCUCAAGAGAAGGAACGAAUCGCAAAAUUCGCAAAAUCAACGAAACAACUCUUCCAAUGUUUCAAGGCGACGACCAGAGAUAAUCGAGCGAGCGGAUCAAAUGCGCGAAACGGCAUUCUCGCGGCCUAAAAACUCAUCGCAAAAUUCUUCUAAUAAUCAACGACAAUCAUCUGAAAGAUCUGAACGAAGCUCGCAUCCGACAGAAAGAGAAAGAGCGAGAGAAAUUCUUGAAAAUCGAUCUUCCGCGAUGAUGACAAGAGAGUCAAUCAUAAGCUGGACGUGA